GUUUUGUUCUAAUUGUUUAUCCGCCGAGCUUUUGUUGUACCCCCGAAGUCGCGUCCAGACCAGCGCAGCACGUAUCCUCGGCGCAGCGCAUCGUCUCCCACCAAAUCCUUUCUCCCUAUAUAUAACGCGAAAAUGCCGAAACGAAAGGCGGCAGCGGCAGCUUUAUCCAGCCUGGCUGGCUCCGACGACGAGAGCAUGAUCCAGGCCGACGGCGCCCGCCCGACGAAGAAGGCCCGGGGGAGGCCGCGGUCCAAAUCGACGGACCUGAGGCCCUCACCACAACCGAGACGGGAGUCCACCCACGCACAACCGGAGCCGGAGGGCUCGGGCAAGAAGAGCGGAAGGAGGGGCAGACCCAAGGGCAGUAGGAACUCGGUGCAAGCGGCACCGCAGGAUGAACCGGAGGAGCAGGAAGCGCCCGCGGAGGCCGCGAGCGAAGUGGAAGCUCCUGCGGUGGCCGAGUCUGCAGCGGUCUCCAACGACGAGCUGGCUGAGUUGCAACUGACCGCGGCUAAACUCUCUAAGCGCAGCAAGGCUUCGAAGUCGGGGAAGACUGGAACAGGUGGUUCACGGGCGCGCAGCAAGACGGCCGAUAAGCCCGUCGUAGCGGACGGCGGAUUCGAAUACACCCCCUCGAGCAAGCGACGUCAACCACCGCCGUCGGCGGAAGAACACGAUGCACCUCCGCAGAAGACGCGAGCCAAGAACAAAACCGGGACGAAGGACAAGCGUGAUCUGUCGGAGGUGGAGGAUAAUGGGCCAGAAGAUGCAGCGGAGGAAGUCGAUGAGACGGUGUUGCAAGACGCGCCACCGACUGGAACCCGCUCGCGCUCGGCCUCUCCGACCAAGCGUAGGCAGUCCCUGCGAGACGCGCGGGUUUCGCCGUCCAAGCCGCGGACUAGUGAUGAGCCUGAGUUGCGACGGAAGAUUGGGGAGCUGACAAAGAAAUGCGAUACCCUCGAGAACCGCUACCGGACGCUCAAGGAGAUCGGCAUAGUCGAAGCGAAUGCGAACAUGGAGAAGCUCCGGAAGCAAUGCGAGUCCAUGACCACCGCCUCAAACAAUCUGAUUGCCGCCCUGAAAGCCGAGUUGGAGGCCCAGAAGGCACUUGGUCAACAAAGCCGCAAGCUUCAGAAGCAGCUGCAGGAACGGGACGCGGAAGUCGCUCAGCUGAAGACCCAUGCCGAGGAGACUGAAACGCAACUCUCUUCUGCCCAGAAUGAGGUCAAGGCGUUGCAGACGAAACUCUCUGCGGCCCGCAACACCGCCGCAAGUCUCGAGACCGCGGCUGCCAAUUUGAAGGUUCCUGGUAGUGCGAUCAAGGGCGGCGGCAACCGCGCCACUGCGGCAGCCAACGCCGAGGCUGCGCAGGCAGCCCAGUAUGCGCAGCUGAAGGAGGAUCUCUACAGUGAUCUCACUGGUUUGAUUAUCCGUGACAUCAAAAAGCGUCAAUCGGAUACUUUAUACGACUGUAUCCAGACCGGCAGCAACGGAACUCUCCACUUCAAACUGGUCGUCCCCCAUGUAUCGUCCACCAACUACGAGUCCGCCGAAUUCCAGUAUAUUCCUCUGUUGGACGACAAACGCGACCGUGACCUGAUUGACAUUCUUCCCGAAUACCUGACGGUGGAUAUCACUUUUGUGCGCCAACAAGCAUCCAAGUUCUAUACUCGCGUGAUUGAUGCUUUGACGAAGCGGAGGAGUACUGCCGCCAACUGAUGGCCCUGGAGGCUAAUGAGCAUCCGCGGUAUUUAUAUGGUGGAAUUUAUGUGGGGCUGGAUUAGGCGUGGCCCUCGAGGGAGACCUAGAGGCUAG